AUGCUAUUCAAUCUAUAUAAUCAUAUAUAUCAGGCCUCCUUUCUGUUCCUGGAUGAGCACGACCAUAAGAACGCCAGCGCCCCUUCUUCCAUCACGGAGGUUACCGACACGAGGAAGUCGUCUUUUAUAGCAGGAUUAGCAGGCGCACUGCGCGAAGAACGUCCAGUCCUCAUGGUUCCGCGCCCUGUUCAAGCUGAAGGUGGAGUACAACUACUUCAUCUCGGCGACCGCCAUCGCGAACCGGCAGGACGACCACCUCGCGCCCCUAUACUUUUGCUGCCCCGACGCGGUCCGAGAGGGCGACGUAGCGGCCCUGCUGCCGCCGGGCGCCACCGAGACGGAUCUCCGUCGGCUGUACGAGCGCCUCGACCCGAAGGAGGACGCCACCGUGCUCAGCCCGGCGCUCUUCAAGGCGGCGCUGAACCCGACGGGGAUAGCGUCUAUACUCGGCGCGUAGAAGGUUAUGAAGAAGACGCCGAGCAGAAAAGUGCUGCGCAGGACUAUGGCGACGGUCGUCGACCGCCCGGCGGAGCUCGGCGGGCCGUACCGCGUCGCGUCGGACGUGCCGCCCCUGUUCAUCAGGGAGAUCCGGACAUGGUCAAGCCGAGGCUUGAGGAUGGCAGCGACGGGGUCAGGAUCGGCGCGGGGAGCGCGAAGGAGAGCGACCGGAUCAACUCGGCGAGGAGCCGCCGCCUGCUGCUCGACACCAUGCGGGCCGGCUUCGAUCGCAUGGCCAGCGAGAUGCCGGACUGCGCCGACCUGCGGGCGAAGAUCGAGGAUCAGUUCAAGAACAACAGUCACGGGAUUGAGUUCCUCAUCGACAACCUCAUGAACGGCCCAAGAUCGUGGCUUAGAUGCUUGUACAAAGAGCGCAAAGCUGAGGAGUACUCAGUGUUUUAG